CGAGCUCUGCCCCCAGCCGCUAGGACUCUCCCAGAUCUGACCUUCUGGCGGCCAGUGGCCAAGGUGUGCUCAGCACCUGCGUCUUGGCUCCUGGCGGCUGGCGACUCGGGGCAAACUGGAAAGGAAACUCGAGCCAGACGGGCGAGGGCUGCCGUGGUGAAUAGGUACAGGCGGGAUCAAGCUAUGAGGCUGAGAAGUGGAAGCCAGUCACGGGUCAGAAGGGUGGACAUCAGAGACACCGGAGCAGGGUCGGGACAAAUGAACGUAGCCGCAAAGACACGGACACGGGGUCAGGUUCCAGGGUGUCUCCUUUCCCGCAGGCCCGGAGCAAUGGCGGCCCGGGGAGCCUGGCCCCCACCUACCCCUGCGCUAGGUGGCCUCUUCGGGGUAGGGGGACGGGGACCUCCAGACCCUGCUCCAGAGCCCAAGCAGCUCCCGGAGCUGAUUCGCAGGAAACGAGACGGAGAGCGUCUGAGUGAGGAGGAUAUCAGGCACUUCGUGCAUGCGGUGGUGGAAGGCAGCGCACAGGAUACACAGAUCGGGGCCAUGCUGAUGGCCAUCCGGCUUCGGGGCAUGGAUCUGGAGGAGACCUUUGCAUUGACUCAGGCCCUGGCCAAGUCUGGGCAGCAACUGGAGUGGCCAGAGGCCUGGCACCAGCAGCUGGUGGACAAACAUUCCACAGGGGGCGUGGGUGACAAGGUCAGCCUGGUCCUGGCACCUGCCCUGGCUGCAUGUGGCUGCAAGGUGCCAAUGAUCAGUGGACGUGGCCUGGGGCACACAGGUGGCACCCUGGAUAAGUUGGAGUCCAUUCCUGGAUUCAGUGUCAUCCAGAGCCCAGAAAAGAUGCAAAUGCUGCUGGAGCGAGUGGGCUGCUGUAUCGUGGGUCAGAGUAAGGAGCUGGUCCCUGCGGAUGGACUCCUGUAUGCAGCUCGAGAUGUGACAGCCACCGUGGACAGCCUGCCACUCAUCACAGCCUCCAUCCUCAGUAAGAAGAUCGUGGAGGGUCUAUCCGCUCUGGUGGUGGAUGUUAAGUAUGGUGGGGCCGCAGUCUUCCCUGACCAGGAACAGGCCCGGGAGCUGGCAAGGGCACUGGUUGACGUAGGGGCAGGCCUGGGGAUGAGGGUGGCGGCCGCCCUAACCGCUAUGGACAAUCCUCUGGGCCGCAGCGUGGGCCACGCCCUGGAGGUGGAGGAAGCGCUGCUUUGCCUGGACGGUGCAGGGCCAAGGGACCUGCGAGACCUGGUCUCUCAGCUCGGUGGCGCCCUGCUCUGGCUGAGCGGACAGGUGGGGACCCACGCGCAGGGCGCCGUGCGGGUGACCACGGCGCUGGACGACGGCUCUGCAAGGGGCCGCUUCGAGAGAAUGCUCGCGGCGCAGGGGGUGGACCCAGGCCUGGCCAGAGCGCUGUGCUCCGGGACCCCCGCCCAGCGACGCCAGCUGCUGCCCCGCGCGCGCGAGCAGGAGGAGCUCUGUGCGCUAGAGGACGGCACCGUGGAGCGCAUCCAGGCGCUACCGCUCGCUCUUGUGCUGCGUGAGCUCGGGGCUGGACGCAGCCGCGCCGGAGAGACGAUCCGGCUGGGGGUAGGGGCCGAGCUGCUGGUCGACGUGGGCCAGAGGCUGCGCCGCGGGACGCCCUGGCUCCGCGUACACCUGGACCGCCCGGCGCUUAGCACCCCGCAGCGCCACGCCCUGCAAGAGGCCCUCGUGCUGUCCGAACGCGCGCCCUUCGAAGCCCCAUCGCCCUUCACCCAGCUGGUCCUGCCGCCGCCCGUCUCACAGUCCUAAAGCCGAGCAGCUC